CGAAUUGUUUACAAAUUGUUUCUGAAUGUGAUCAAUGUGAUAACAUUUUCAACUAAUUAAUUGACAUUUAAAUUGUUUUUCUGUAAGAAAUUUGAUAUUCUAAUUAAAUAGUUCAAUUGUUCAUCUGUAGAAAUUGGAAAAAUUAGAUUUCAAUGUUAUUUUCUUCCAAGUUAAUUAAUUAUUCUAAAUGUUGUUCACCUGUUCAUCCAUUGAUCAGUGGUCGGUGGACUCAAGUAACUCAUGGUAAUUUCAAAUGUUUCCAUGAAGUAAAUGGCAAUAAAAGUGUUCAUAGUCUGAAGAGAUUUGAUCUCAGAAGUAAUUUUAAUUGUCUCGAAACUAUUCAGAUUCGCCAGUUAUCAAAGAAGUUCAAUGACAAUUCUCAGACCGAUAAAAGAUCAACAGUGAAGAAUAAUAAAUCUGAACAGUUCAUCUCUCUUAGCCAAAUGGAAACGGAAAUUGGACAAAACGAUGAAAUUAACAAAAGAAUCUGGACCAUCCCUAAUGGCCUAUGUUUAUUCAGAAUACUUGUCUCUCCGAUUGUCGCCUACACAAUCAUCAACAAUCAACCUGUUGCAUCGGUUGCGAUUUGCAUAGUUGCCGGUCUAAGUGAUUUUGCUGAUGGAUUCAUCGCUCGUCGAUAUGAAAGCCAAAAAUCAACACUCGGAAGUAUAAUAGAUCCAGUCGCUGAUAAAAUUCUGGUCACAACUUUAUUUCUAUCAACAGCAAUUAGUGGACAAUUACCUGUUUUAUUAGCUUCCAUUGUAAUUGGACGAGAUUUAAUCUUGAUUCUUGGUGCAGCCUUUAAGCGAUAUCAGUUAAUGUCCCAACCUCGCACGUUAUUACAAUUUUUCAAUCUCAAAGGAUUAAAUAUGGAGGUUAAAUCAUCAAUGAUUAGCAAAUGGAACACAACAUUUCAAUUUACUUUAAUUUCUUUAACAAUUGCUUCACCAAUUCUCAAUAUAAGUGAUAGUAUUUUUUUAAUCUACUUUCAAUAUCUAGUCGCCACCACAACAAUUGCUUCUGGAGUUGAUUACAUUUUCAAUAGAGAUAAAUAUAUUUCUUCAUUGAAACGAAAAUGA